AUGGUGUCGUGGAAGGACCGCGAUGCGGUGGUGGAAACGCUGUACCGCGACGUCGACGCGCUGAGCCCGCGGCUGAAGGACCGGCGACUCAUACGAAGGUUCGCCGCGACGAGAGACUACGACCCCACCCGAACUCUCCUGCUCCUCGUCGAGUACGACAAGUGGCUGGCGAAGAGCGGCCUGCUGGACGACAACCUCGGGCGCGAUCCCGGGGUGCGCGACGAGAUGCGACGACGGGGGACCAUGCGCCUCCUCGACCCGCGAGAUGCGCCGGCCGUGCACCGCGCCGGCGCCUCGAUCGAGGACGCGCCCGACGAGCGACGGCGACUCUCCGCGCAGAGGCUCACCUUCUUGCAGCUGCACACCCCGUCCAUGUGGCGCACGGCGAGGGACAAAGACGGCUGCCCGGCGGUGUACACGAACCUGGAGUCCUACCGCCGAGGCGCGAGCAAGGACGUGGAGAACACGUUCGUGUGGAUACUGGAGACGGUGUGCCGCGAGAUGGACGAGGACGACGCCGAGGACGCAGCCGGCGAGGACACAGCCGGCGACGGCGAAGGAGGUCGGUUCACCAUCUUACUCGACGCGUCAACCUGCGGCGAGCGCGACUUCAGGGCGGCGGCGUGGAUCGCGUGUUGCGCGAACCUCGGACGCGUGCUGCAGACGGCGCUCAAGCGCGGGUUUCGUGGUAGGCUCAACAGGUUUUACGUGUACCCCACCGGUCGAGCGGCGAGGAGUCUGCUGCGAAUCGUAAAGCCCUUCCUCGGCAAGUACACCCCUCCGAAGAUCGUCACGGUCGACGGCGGCGAGAGGGGCGUUGCGAAACUGGUCGAGGUAUUCGGCGUCGACGCGCUACCGCCGCACCUGGGUGGUCGCUCGGAGCUCAUCUCGGUGCCGCUGUCGGAGGACGACGAGCCGGCGCCGCCGACUGAACGACGCGAGGACGAGGACGCGCGGGAGAACCCACCGAAUGUUGGGACCCACCCGCGCCGUGCCGACCCACGCGGACGACGCCCGAGGAGAGACCUGGACGACUACGCCUGGUUCAUCAAAGUCCCGAUCCUCAACUUCCUCCUCGUCGCGGGCCUCGUGGCGUCCUCCGCGGCGCCCGGGUCUUCUUCUCGACCAGGCUGCUCUUCUCGACCCGCUCGAGCGAGGCGCGCGAUGGUCAGGACGGCGAGAAACGCGUUCGCGUGGCACGUGAUCGGGUCGUGCCUGUUCGGUCUGGAGUUCUCCGGGGUGCUGAGCGCGGGAGUGAGCGCGGUGUGCGCGACGUGGCGUGAGGCGAGACGAUCGCGGCGGUGA